AUGGCUUCUAAAGAAGCCCUGUUCAUCGCCUUGGACGUCUCCGACUCGAUGCGCCCGCACCUGGACGACGUCACCGGCGCGGUGCAGCGGAUGCUGUGUGACAGGAUCUUCCACUCCAAGCAGGACGCCGUCGGGCUGCUCAAGGCUGGAGCCGACGCGACCGACAACGAGGUUGCGCUCCAGAUGGGCGGCUACGAUCACAUCGCGGUGGUCGGUUCGAUGGGGCCUGUCGGCAUGAAGAGAAUCGAGAACGUCGGCGCGAUCCACGCCGAGUCCGGCCGCGCGGACCUGAUUGACGCCGUGGUGGUCGCCGCCGACGCGAUUGCCCGAUAUGUGCGCAAAAACAAGUGGAGCAAGCGGGUGCUGCUCGUGAGCGAUGGCGCAACGUCGAGGGCGGAGCUGGACGAGGAGCAGGUCGCAGACAUCGCCUCGCAGCUCGCCGACAACCACAUCGUGCUCGAGACGUGGGCCGCGCUCGCCAGGCUGGGGGCCCGACUCGACGCGCUGGGCAAGCCCGACAAGCCCAAGCCCUUCGUCGCGCGCGAGUGGUCCGAGGCAAAGAGGGUGUGGAGCGAGCCGCGCGCAAAGGCGACAAAGUCGACCGCCGCUUACCGCGGCCCGCUCGCGCUCGGGGGGAGCGGGGGCGGCUUCCUGCCCGUGCGCGUGUGGCGCAAGGUGGCGGCGAGCAACUCGGCGCCAGUCCUCUUCAAGAGCUGGGUGCUGAAGAGCGACCUGGACACGCAAGUCAGGCCUAACGAGAUGGUGGCGGCCUACCGAUACGGACGCGACGUGAUCCCGGUCGCGGGCGCGCUCGAGGAGAACAUGCGGUACGGCGUCCCCGAAAAGUGCCUCGAGCUGCACGGCUUUGUGCCGCGCGCCUCGGUGCCGCGCCACUACCUCCUCGGGCCGUCCGAGGUGCUGGUCGGCGACGACGCGGUGGCCGGCGCGGACAAGGCGGUGCAGGCCCUCUGCUACGUCCUCGACGAGGAGCGCCUCCUCGGGAUCGCGCGCUACGCGAGGAGCAAAGGGCUCGCGCCGCGGCUCGCGGUGCUCUGGCCCAGCGCGAGCGGCUGCCUCCACCUCAACAUCCUCCCCUUCAGCGACGAGGCGCGCAUCUCCGAGCUCGAGCCGCAGGCGCGCGCGCUGCUCCGCCGCCCGAAGGACGUCCUCAACCCGCAGCACGCCCGCCUCCAGCAGAUCGUCGUGCACCGCGCUCUGCACAAGUCCGAGGCGCUGCCGCCGCCGCCGCCGCGCCUCAUGGUGUCGACCGGGGAGAGUGCGGUCCUCCUGGACGCGAUGGCGCAGAUGCGGAGCUGCUUGCUCUCGCUCUUCGACAAGGCUGGCCGACCCGACGACCCGGCUGCCCGCAAGGGCUUCGACUGCUUGCGCGCGCUGCGUUCGGCUUGCAUCAAGGAGGACGAGCCGGACAAGUACAACGAGCUUCUCAAAAGCGUGAAGGCCCAGUGGCUCGGGGAGAGCGGCGAUGCCGCGCCGUCGCGCGAGCCCUUCUGGCGCGUGCUCUGCGAGGACAGCGCACUCUCCGCCGGUCUGAUAAGCUCCAGCGAGAACGACGACUCGAGCGUGAGCGCGGCCGAGGCGCGCGCCUUCCUCCGCGAGAGCAGCGCUCCUGCCCCGGCCGCAGCCCCGGCCGCAGCGGCGUCCAAGCCCGCCGACGGGGAGGAGGAGGACGACUAUGAUGACUUGGAGUAG